AUGUCGAAGGACGGCGGACCAACGGUCGCCGUGAAGCUGUUCAUCGACAAGGAGAAGAGAAAGGUGCUGUUUGCAGAAUCUGACAAGGAGUUCGUCGACGUCCUCUUCAGCUUCCUCACCAUGCCUCUCGGCACCAUCGUUCGUCUCUUCGACAAGCGGUCUCAGGUAGGAUGCCUUGACGAGCUGUACAAGAGCGUUGAGAGUCUCGGUGAAGAUCACUUCCAAACCAAGGCGUGCAAAGCGAUGCUUCUUAGCCCGCUCAAUGCUGAAGCAAUUGAUUGCAAUCCGCUUAAAGUGAAAAUUGCUGACGAAAACCCAAUGUAUCGCUGCAAAAAUGCUAGUUGUGGCUAUUCAUCAUUUAGCUACGUCCCUGAUGCUAUUUGCGGCUGUGGAACUAUUGUUCAUAUCCCGAAGUUCAUCAUAACUGAUGAUCUCCAAGUUGCUCCUGCUUCCACAAGGGUCAUGUUUUCGCUGAUUGAAAAAUAUGGUAUACCGGAAAAGGAGAAUAUCCAGGAGAAGGUGCUCCAACUCAAUUGUGCCAAGCUGAUUGGUUUGCUUAGGAGAGCAUUGCUGACGAAGCAAGCCCUAACAGGACUUUAUUUCAAUGUUGCUAUCCCGCCGAAUGCUACAGACAUGUGUGUGCUCCCUGACAGUGUUGUCAAAACAGGCACUUGA